AGCUUGCCUGUCGGUGACCCCCUAGCGGCCAGAACAGCCGCUUCCCGUCAUUCAGACAGAGGGAGAGAGAGGGGGGAAGGACGAAGAAUGGCGUCCGUGCAGUGCCCAAAAUGCACUGUAGAACGGAAAGGGUUUCGGCGCGAACUUGAUUCUUGGCGACACAAAUUGAUACACUGCGUUGGAUUUGAAAGCAUCCUGGAGGGAAUCUAUGGCCCGAUGCUGCUGAGAGACCUCAAUGUAUUUGAUGACUGUGAACCCGAAGAGGUGGAUGACUGGUCCCCAGAAGCAAACUGCUCUCAGUGUUCAUUCUGCAACCUUCCCCUGGACAAACUCAGUGAUCAAGUACCUGCAGCCACUUCGCCCCUCUCCUCCCGCUCUGAUUACUCUCCCUGUCAGGCUCCAAGCAUCUCUGAGAGCAGCCAGUCAGCUCACAGAUUUCUCCAAGCUGUGUUUCACAAGAAAGAUGUUCCCCUGGGCUGCGACGCCAACAUCCCUCUGGUUGCCCAGGAGCUGAUGAAGAAGAUGAUCCAUCAGUUUGCCCUGGAGUACGCAUCCAAGUGUCUCCUCCAGACCGGCACAAACGGUGUGACAACAAGGACCUCAUCACCUUCGUCGGAAACGUCAGAUGCCCCUCUGGACCUCACAGUGAGCCGGACCCAGGAGGAGAAAGAGAGUGAGCCUGAACUAGACGGCGUGCUCGACCUCUCCAACAGGAACUCUGUCUGCUCAGCAACUUCAUCGUCAUCCUCUUCUUCAUCUAAUCACAAAGCCUCCGGGAGGCAGCACAGGCAGAAGGAGUACAUUGAGAGGAGCUGGGAGCUGUCUGAGGGGUUGCUGUCCAAGGCCUUGAAGGAUAUACGUUCAGGGAGGCUGCAGGAGCAGCGAGCAGCAUUGCUUUAUGGGAUACCCCUUCACACCCUGAGGCAGGGCCUGGAAGGCUGGGCCGGGGGAAGGCUUGGGAUGCUCCACCAACUCGCACCGGGAAGCAGAGAUUUCAGGGAUGAGGUGACGUCGUACAAUGUGAUGUCAUCAAUGCUGGGUGGUGAAGCCCGUCUUGUUCUGCAGAAGGUGGCAGCAUGGGCGGAGCGGGCAGAAAUCGGAGGAGCCGCAGAGGAGAACGGAGACUUUAGUUUCCCUUCGUCCUCUCUUACUUUUUAUCAGCCGGGAGGUCUACCGAAAACCCUCCCCCACUCAUUUCCCCAACUCAGGGAUGCUCUCCAGCCCCCAUCGAGCCCCACUCCCAGUCUGGAGCCAGCCACACCCCUGCGUAUUCCUCAGGUCCGUUCUAUCUCCGACCAUAACCGGUCGAUCUCAGCUGAGAAUUGCAGUGUGGCCGAAAACCUUCAUCAACGUACCUCAUCCACAGAGGGUACUGCCAGUUCAUCGACAGCUGCUGCCAGACCUUCGUCUCUCUUCAAACUCAGACCUCCUUUCUUGGCUCACGGCUGUCCAGGCAACGCCAACCAGUCACCUCAUCGCCUGGGCCCACGUGGGUCCUCACUGGAUGAUUCAGAGGAGGGGGCAGGUAGCCGGGAUAGAGACAAGCAACCGAGAAAGAAACGUGGGAGGUAUCGCCAGUACGACCACGAACUACUGGAGGAGGCCAUCAGUAUGGUGAUGGCAGGUCGCAUGAGUGUUUCCAAGGCCCAGGGAGUUUAUGGGGUGCCCCAUAGCACACUGGAAUACAAAGUCAAGGAGCGCACUGGAACACUGAAGAACCCACCCAAGAAGAAAUCUGCCAACUUUUGUUCAUCCAAUUCCAACUUGUCUGGUUCUGGGACCACAACCGGUUCCACAAACUCAGGGACUCUUGCCUCAGCUGCUGAUGCAAAGAGGUUCUAGACCACAAAACGCCUCCAGAACUCCUCAACACUUGAACUCAUCACCUCUUACAAGACACACGUUUUCUGAAGACACUUGUUAGAACACAACACAUGCCUUUACAAAAUAUGUGGAUAUUAAUAUUCAGGUCUUUUAACUAUGUGUCUAUAAUGUGAGAGUCAUACUUUAGCUGGGUUUCUCUUUCUCAGUCCUGGGUUUUAGUUAAAACAGCUACGAGGUCCGUUUUUUUUCAAGAGGGAGUGGUGCUUAUUGCAGCUUUUGUUCACAGGAGCUGCUAAACUCAACAAAAACUCCUCAUGGGUUUGUUUUUUUCCACUAAAGCUAAAAGAUGUUGAAGGAAAGGGCUCGGGUUAUAUUAUCUGUUUACUGUUAUAAAGUAAUCCCAUGGAAACACCCAAAACUGAAAAUGAAUUUUGUAUUGUCGGUGAAGCCAAAACCUGAUAUAUUGAAAUUCUCAGUUGUUUUUAAUAUUUUUUUUAUGGAAAAGUGACAGAUGUGCACACUGUCAGCAAAAAAACAUGUAAAAGAAGCAUCAUUUUGUCUUAAACUUUCUUCAGGCACGACUGAAACUUUUUCAAUUCAUCUUAUUCAUUCUUAUAUCUAAUGCAAAUCUUACAGUUAUGUAUUUUAAUGUGGGGCUAAAAAGACCAUACAUAUAUGUAGAGCUGAAACAAUUAAGAAGUUGACUGACAAAAAACAAUCAACCACUAUUUUGAUAAUCAGUUUAUCAUUCAUGUCAUGUUUUUAAGCCAAAAUGCUAAAUAUAAAUGAUGAUUUCCUGCUUUUCUUUAAACUUAAGUGAUACUAAAUUGAAUAUCUUUGGGUUUUGUUCUGUUGUUCUGCUAAUUUUAGCUAUUUUUUUGGGACGUUUUAAACACCAAACAAUUAAUUGAUUAAGAGUAACUAUUUAUGAAAAUAAUAGUUACAGCCCUACGUUUAAGGAUAAAUCAGCUUUGGCCUCGUCAGGAGAUUUCUUGGUACUAACACGGAUAAAAUAACUCCAGUGUUAUCCUUGAAAGACCUCCAGGAAAUUCUUAACUUUUCACGUUUACAUGAUUUGGUUUUUCUUCAAGAAGAACUGACACUGAUUGUUGUUCCUGCCCAGGAUUGAGUCUGAGAAACAAAGCUCAGAAACUAAGUGUGACUCUCAUGUUUGCUAGCUGUUAGGUUAUUAGGUUAUUCAGGUUUGAUUCAAUUCUUAAAGCUCCUCAUUAAUGGAGCAACAAUGAUUGUCAUUUGCAGCUUUUUAUCUCUCUCUGGGUAUCUUACCUGGGCUAUUGAAGUGACUUAGAGCCAUUGUAACAGAUAAAAAAAACUCAUUAAUAUUGUUAGACACCUCUACAAACAGGGAGAUUGUACAGUAUAAACUGCUGUGGUGGCUGCAUCUUCAUUAUGAGUUUCUGUUGAAGAGAUUAGCUUAUGAAAGCCAUUUUUGUGUCCACAUAGUUUUCUGCUAUAUUCGUGCAAAAGCUAGUCUGAACAAUGUAUUGAGUGUAGUUUGGAAUGCUGCAUGUUUUUAAAUGUGCACUGAUAAGCUUGGGAAAUGUGCGUUAUUGUGUACAUGUACUGUUUGUGAAAGAUGUUGUUUUAUUAUCACAGGUAUUUACUAAUUCUGCUACUGUAGCUGUAUUACUGUAAACCUCAUACAUGACUGCUGCUUUAAAAACUUAACUUUAUGGGACUGUUUCCCUGGCACAAAGAAGCGUAGCUACAACAAAAAAGAGCUAAUUUCAACAAAUGCGAUUUCCAAGGUGAAAUGCAUUGUAAUGUGUGAAGCCUAAAUGACAGACUAGUGUUAAGUGUAGUGAAAGGGUUAAUCGUUACACUGGAGGUUGGUGAAAAGUUGGCUCAGAGCAAGGCUUACAGGCUUCUUUGUCUGCAUCUGGGGAAAUGCUAAAUGUUGCGUCUACGCUAGUGUCUGCCUCUGAGAUGGGCCUAUAUCCAUUAACAGUGCUACUACCAAAGCAGCAGUUCAGGGUUACCUACGCAAAAGCUGCUUCGAUUUGUUUUGCUGUGAUGUCAGCCUGCCUGUGUGUCUGUUUGUCUGUCUCUCUCUAACCUCGUUGCCACAUAUAUACCUCUGAACUUUUAUCUGCCUAUAGCCCAGUGUCAGGUUUCAAAUCAAAGCCUCUUGAACAUGCUGGCGUAUGAGCUCUUACUAGCUGAGGGAGGCUUAGGAGCUCUUUGUCUCUCAAGGAAACAACACCCAAGUGUAAAUUUAUUGCCAUCGACAACGCUUAAACUUCUUCAAGUAAAUUAUCAUACAGUCAGCCAUUUGGCAGAGCGUGAUAGCAUUUUAAAAAAUGAUUUAAAUUCUGCCCUGUGGCAUUUAUGGGCAAUCUGCCAUGUUCUUAGCUAAGUAGUUAUCUUUGUUGAUAAUCUUUGUAUGUGUAUGUAAUUUUAAGGCUAAUUGUAAAGCAGUUUUAUUUUUUUAAGCUUUUUUUGUGUGGCAUUUCAACCUUUCUAACUCUGGCAAACAAAUAUACUGUUAUCUCCGCUACUGAAUGUCUCUACUCAUUAACAGUACACAGUGCCUGUGUCUGGGGCUAUAGCAUAGUGCAGCAUGAUGUCUCUACUCGGGGAAUUAUCUGCUAUUUAUGUCCAAGGGUCAGUUUGUAAACAAGCCUAAACACCUCUUGAGAAAUUCAUUGUGUCUGUUAAAUGCUUGUAUAUUCUGGGAACAAUCCCAGGCUUGUUUUCAAAUUGGCUUGAGGCUUUUUUUGUUUGUUUGUUUUGACUGAACUGCUGGCAAAUUUUUAAAACAACUUAUCAUGAAUCUGCUAUUUAUGCAUCAAUCAAUUAUUGCACUAUGAUUUAUAAGAAGCAUUUUUAUCAUAGAAACCUGUUUUGUGUUGUUGCUGCAUACUUAUUUAUUGAUUGUGCUUCAGAACUGUGAUUUUACUAGUUUUGAUUACUGUAGUUCUUGAUUUGUAAUGGGGCACUUUGAUGCAAUGUGAAAUGUGUAUUGCUACAAAUGCAUGAACGCUUCUAAAUGUUAGCUGAUAUAAUUUAUUUUGUCCUAAAGUGACACCCCCAAGUAUUGUGGUUGUGUGGUGCUUAUGUUAAAAAUUAUUUAAGUGAUUUUAAAAAAUAAUGUGUUUAUCAUAACAAACUCUUCAGUAACACUACAGAAUGUAACACUUUUACUGUGUCCAACCGAGUUGAACUCUGACAAGGUCUGAACACACACAGUACUUAAACAGCUGGAAAGACCAUCCAAUAUGAAUUACUUUAAAUUUUGUAAUGUUAUUAAAAUUAAUGACUUACUUUUACAAUGAAAUAUAUCACUUAUAGGGCCUGAUGUAACUCUUAUUGAUUUGAACAUCAGAGGGUUUUUUGAGCUGUCAAUUUGUCGGUGAAAGUGCUGUUGAAAAGAACAUUUUUGGUUUGAGCGUGUCUACAAUCGUUUCCUCUGCUUUUAGCAGAAUGUUAUCAUUUGCCUUCAGCAAUUCAUCAAUAAAACAGUUCUAUAAUCA